CGUCGUAGGGCAGGUUGCAUAGUGCGCGGAGACCGCCGCGAGAGAGGAGAGGCGUCGUCCUUGUCGUCCUUGUCGUCUGUCGCUCGCGCGAUUACGGUCGAAGAGAGCGAAAGAGAGAUAGAGAUAGAGAGAGAGAGAGAGAGAGAGGAAAAAAAAGGGAAAAAAGAGAGAAGCAAAGUCACGAAAGUCAGAAUUUCGGAGUCGCCGAAGGGAACGACGCGCGCCAAGCGAGAGAGCGAGAGAGAGACUUACCCAGCGUCGAGAGCGUCGGCCGUCGAGCAAAGGCUCCCCCGGGGACUCCUCGCGUGCACCAGCGACAGUGACAGCGACUCAACUCGACUCGACUCGAUUCGACUCGCGCAGCUCGCGCUCUCGCCUCCGGUCGACCAGUGGCAGGGACGCUCGCCGCUCGCCUGGAGCCUCGUCGAGAUCUCUCGCGGGAGUUCGUUCACUUUCGUUGUACCGCGCCGAGCGUGACGACGACGGCGGAAUCGUCGCGUCCCGUUUGGGUUGUUCUCUCUGUCGGUCGCGCGCGCUCAGCUCAGCUGACUCCUGUCGUUUACGGUUUACGCGUCGCGGACGGGUUUACGCGGUGCGCGGACUAGAGGGGCGCGUGUGCGGUGGUCGCGUCUUCGGCGACAUUCGGUGCUCGGUGAUCGUCGCUGCCGUCGUGUAGGACUCGUAGGGGCUCGCGUCGACCGCGAGAAAGAGAGAGAGAGAGAGACAGCGCGCGAGGUGGACGGAGAAGGAGCGAGCGUGGAGGUUAGGUCAGCCCCACCGACGUUGACUCGACAGUUUUCCUCGUCGUCGCGCGGAGCGUCGCCGCGACGCUCUAGGGACUUUGGCGCCGACGCAAACUCGCGCGGCCCGUACGACACAGCGGGCUGAACAGCUGAUGCACCACCGACACCGGCGAGAUGUCAAAUAUCAUCGUACGUGUGCAGUCACCAGAGGGUACAAAACGCAUAGAAGUGCUACCUUCUGAUACAAUUUCUCGACUCUACGAGAAGGUCUACGAAGCCUUCGAUUUAAAUAGUUUUGGAUUUAAUCUCUGCAAGCAACGAAGUCAGAAGGAGCCACUUACGUCUACUCGAAGUAGAACGGUGUCAGGAAUCGGUCUUUCUCAUGGAGAUAUACUUUACCUUGUGCCAGCCAAUGGCACCCAACUGUGGAGUGCUCCGUCGACCAGUAGUGCCUCCAACAACACUUCUACGGAAUCAGGCCCAAUGGACGCUGCUAAUGGAAUUACAACGCGUUCAUCCAGUAUGCCGCGAUCUCUGUCAAGUGUAGUCGAAAAUGAUAUCGAUGAGCAAUUAUGGAAGCUGGACGGCAAGAUCCAGCGUAAACGCGAUGAAAAACUUUGUCGGCAUGGAGCGAGAGGAUGCUGCGUUCACUGUUCGCCUCUGGAACCUUUUGACGAAAUUUACCUGAAGGAACAAAAUAUCAAGCAUCUGUCCUUUCAUUCAUAUCUCAGGAAGCUCACUGCCGGAGUUGAUAGGGGCAAGUUUAUACAAUUAGACGACAUAAGCUGCCGUAUAAAGACUGGCUGCAAGGACCAUCCGCCGUGGCCGCGAGGAAUCUGCAGCAAGUGCCAACCGAACUCAAUCACUCUGAACCGCCAGACUUAUCGUCACGUGGACAACGUCAUGUUCGAAAAUGCUAGUUUAGUAGAACGUUUUCUUAAUUACUGGCGCAGCACUGGGCACCAACGUAUCGGCUAUCUGUAUGGAAAAUACGAAGUACAUUCGGAUGUUCCGCUAGGAAUUAGAGCAGUCGUUGCGGCCAUAUAUGAACCACCGCAGGAAAGUACAAAAGACACGAUAAGACUUCUGCCGGACGAGAAGGAAGCAUUAGUCGAGGAAUUAGGCCGGACACUUAAUCUGAGGAGAGUCGGAUGGAUUUUCACUGACCUCAUAGCCGACGAUAUCAAGAAGGGAACGGUCAAACACGUCCGCAAUAUAGAAAGCCAUUUUCUAUCCGCUCAAGAAUGCAUUAUGGCUGGGUACUUUCAAAAUCGUUACCCAAACCCCUGCCGCUUCUCGCCUAACGGUUAUUUCGGCUCAAAAUUUGUAACUGUUUGCGUCACAG